AUGGCAUCGGGAUAUUCUAGAAUGGACAGCAGCAGUAGCAGCAGUUGUAGCAGCAGUGACGAUGUCUUGGUAUGCAAAUGUCCUGAACGACACACAAUUAAAUGCAAAAGAGUGGCUACCAAACCAGAAGAAAAUUACACGGAUCAAACCGACGCUGCACGUGAACCCGGUAAAAUCGUCGAUGAAGAACCAAUGAAUACCCGUGAACAUGUAGACGAAGAGCCCAUGGAUCAGACGGAUUCUGCUCGAGAAUAUAAAACGGAUUCGGCUCCCUACGAUGAUGCCUACGACGCCGGUGACGAAUGGAAUGGCCUUUCGAGAUAUUACUUGUUCUGCCAUCGUCCCGAAAUAAGAGGAUUCUACAGACGACUCUACACAUUUGCUCGGUGGCCUCUCCAGAUGAAACAGAGACCGAGGGAACUCGUCAAGGCCGGUUUCUUCUACACGGGAGACCACGAUGCCAUCAUCUGUUACUGUUGUAGACUACGUGUGUACGGAUGGAAGAAGAUGGACGAUCCAGUGAUGGAACAUUACUGGCUAUCCCAGAGAUGUCCCUACGUUAACAAUGUGUUCAGACAUUAA